AUGGCGAUGUUCUUUACUGGCGAUGAUUUGGUUGGCUAUGUACCAUCAUGUGGUAUUCUUAGUGUUGCAGAUGGCACAGUAAAAACUAUAGGCUAUUUAUUUGUAGCAUCUAUUGUGAAUGGCGGACCUGCACCUUUUUUUUUGUCCCCUUGGGUUUAUGAGCUUAUGGUGAAUGGCAUUUCAACUGCAGUACGGUGUUGUCCAAAGGCUUUAGAUGAAUCUUCAAAUUUAAAAAGUAUUUUUGAUAAGAUUUUAUUUGCAACUACAGAUGACUAUUUAACUAAUGUGCUAUGUACUGAAGAAGGAAUGGAUGCACUUGAAAUAAUUGGAUAUAGAAGUGAUCCAAGAAAAUCGUCUAUUGAUGAUAAACAUGCUCUUUUAGAAUCAAUGUUAAUUAAAGGAAAAAUAGAGCAACUUUUACCUGUAGUUGGAGAAAUUGCGAUUGGUUUACAAGUGUAUGGCCUUUAUGAAGUAAUAAAAAAAAAUUUAAAUAUCAUGCGAGUUUUAUUUUGUGCAAACGAAAGUUUUAUAUGGAAAUUUGAUGAUUUUAUACUUAUGUUAAAACCGCAGUUUAGCGAAUCCGGAGGGAACAAAAAAUCAUUUGAAAUUUCUACAUACAAAGCUUUUCUUGAUGUUGUUGAGUAUAGCUUCAAUACUGAACUGGCGGAUCCUUCAUCAAAUGAUAUUUUGCAGUUUUUGACUGGCUCGCCGUCCAUUCCCGCAAUAGGGCUUCCAAAAGAUAUUUCUAUAGUUUUUGUUCAUGGAUGUCCGUUAACAUAUAAUAAUAAAGAAUGCAAAUGUUUACCAACAGUCAGCACUUGUGACAUACAGUUAAAUCUGCCAGUUCAUAUAAAUACAGAAAACACUAUGAAGGAAGCACUUUCAUUAGCUGUAAAAAACGGUUACCAUUUUGGACUUAUUUAAAUGCGUGAAGACAUU